AGAUGAUUAUCGAAAGGAUCGCCCCAAAAUUUAAGAGGGCAACUCACGUGAUUUUUGAUUUGGACGGCACGUUACUAGAUACGGAAAGGGUGUACUUCGAUGCCAUCGCCGCUAUCGCCAAACGAUUCGGCAAAGAGUAUACGCACGGCGUAGCGGCAAAAGUUGUGGGCACAGUCGAAAGGGAAUCGUGCAGAAUCGCGAUUAGCGAAAUGGCCCUGCCGAUCUCGGUCGACGAAUUUCAACGAGAAUUUCGAAACUUAUCACAAAGUCAUUUCAAAAACAACGCCGUUUCGCUGUUACCCGGUGCGGCGUCUUUAAUUAGACACUUGAGCCAAAACAAAAUACCCAUCGCCAUAGCGACGUCUUCGUCGGAAGACAGCGUACGUUUGAAAAUCUCGGCGCACAGGGAUUUAUUCAAAUUAUUUAGCCAUAUCGUUUGUGGCGGAAGCGAUCCGGAAGUUAAAGCUGGUAAACCGAGUCCCGACGUGUUCUUGGUGUGCGCCAAUCGGUUUUUAGAUGUUCCUCCUCCCAGAAAAUGUUUGGCGUUUGAAGACGCGCCCAACGGAGUCCGUGCCGCUGUCGAUGCCGGAAUGCAAGUAGUGAUGAUCGCAGACCACAGUGUUCAAGAGAACUUUAAAAAAGAAGCCACGCUGACGGUCGACUCUCUCGCUAACGUACCAUUACACAAUUUCGGAUUGCCUGCCCUUUAGUUUUAUAAAAUGACAUUUUUAACGCGGCGCAGGACGGAAUUGCACGAUUUUGCGAUCCUAAUUCAUAAUUUUCGUGCUUAUCGUGACGUCGGUAACGGAAACUCAGUGGAGGCACAUGUAGUAAGUUAUUGUUCAUCACUACCAACCUAUUAAAAAAUUCCACCAGAGGCGUGGGUGUUUUCUAAAUAAUUCUAAAUAACUCUUGAAAAUCACAAACGAAUUAUUAAUUAACCUGAUGUUUACGUGUAUAUAGUCACUUGUAUAGUAAAUUAUAUCAAAUAUA